UGAGUUGCAGGGGCUGGGGUGGGGCAGCUCUGUCCCAGGCCGGAGGAACUAUUUCUGGCCGGCGCUUUCCCAGGGGGCUCACAUCCGCCAGGCGCUCCCGGAAAGAGGGGCCCCUCCUCCGCCGGUCGUCCGCGCGCGGGCGGCGGGGGCUGGGACCUCUCCACGGGCCCAGGGCCAGCCUGCGGGCGCGUGGGGCUUCCAUACACCCAGCUCCGUGGUACGGGGCUGCAGCCCAGACCAAAAUACCGGGCCUGACCUCUCCCCUCCCUGCCGCUGGGAGUGGACGCUGCCUACUCUGGAAGCCCAGCUGCUCUGAUCCGCCGCCAGGAGCGGCCACAAGGAAGGGUGACAGGAUCCUGCCUAUCCAGCGUGGGCCAGACCUGUGACCUCCCCUGCCCUUCUAGCGGAGCCUCCUAGGGAACUUCCGGACACCUGUCUGACAGAGGAACCUGCCCCCCAGCAGCCAGCUCCAGGAUGGGGGAGUUCAAUGAGAAGGCGACAUGCGGAACCGUCUGCCUCAAGUACCUGCUCUUCACCUUCAACUGCUGCUUCUGGCUGGCUGGUCUGGCCGUUAUGGCAGUGGGUAUCUGGACGCUCGCCCUCAAGAGUGACUACAUCAGCUUGCUGGCCUCAGGCACCUACCUGGCCACAGCCUACAUCCUGGUGGUGGCCGGCGUCGUUGUCAUGGUGACCGGUGUCCUGGGCUGCUGUGCCACCUUCAAGGAACGGCGGAAACUGCUGCGCUUGUACUUCAUCCUGCUCCUCAUCAUCUUUCUGCUGGAGAUUAUCGCUGGCAUCCUGGCUUACAUCUACUACCAGCAGCUGAACACCGAGCUCAAGGAGAACCUGAAGGACACCAUGACCAAGCGGUACCACCAGCCGGGCCACGAGGGCGUGACCAGUGCUGUGGAUAAGCUGCAACAGGAGUUCCACUGCUGUGGCAGCAACAACUCCCAAGACUGGCGGGACAGUGAGUGGGUCCGCUCGGGCCAGGCCGGUGGCCGCGUGGUUCCCGACAGCUGCUGCAAGACCCUGGUGCCUGGCUGUGGGCAGCGGGACCACGCCUCCAACAUCUACAAGGUGGAGGGCGGCUGCAUCACCAAGCUGGAGACCUUCAUCCAGGAGCACCUGAGGGUCAUCGGGGCCGUGGGCGUUGGCAUUGGCUGCGUGCAGGUCUUCGGCAUGAUCUUCACGUGCUGCUUGUACAGGAGCCUGAAGCUGGAGCACUACUGAGCAUGCCGGGCGCCGCCCGCGUGGGCCGCAGCUUUGCGCCACCUGACUACGAGCUGACACUACUGAGGGCCAGGGAGCUGGGGUCCCAGGACGCUGCUCCCUCCCCACUCUGCCAGGGAGGGGCUGUCCUCAAGCCCCUGUGCACCCCCCAUGCCAUCACGUGACCUCUGGGGACCCUACCCUCAGAGGGAGCUGCAAGUGCCUUUCUCUGCAGACCAAAGGCCUGAGAUGCCUCCCCCCCCCGCCCACAGCGGCGAAGGGGCUGUACUUCUGCCUGUGGGGGGGGUGGUCUCGGGGUGUUCCCUGUGCUCAGCCAGAGGGGCUGGCCCACCCUCGGGUGCUCCCAGACCCCCAGACACACCCCCGCAUGGUGGUCAGGGCAAGCCUGAACGGCGGCACUGCUGGGUGGGACAGAGCCGGGGAAUAUGCCUGCCCUUGGGCCAAAGACCCCAGCCCAUUCCUGGGAAAACCAGGCCAGCCCUGCCCUGCGGUCCUGUGCCUCUGCCCUCCCCGGCCCCGCUGCCCUGGGACUUCCCCACCACUCUCCCCACUGAAAGGCCACAAUUCACUUGCUCCUGUCCUGUCCCCUUCGCAGAAGCAGGGGGUUUGUGGGUUUUAUUCACUGCUGUAUCACAAAUGCCUAGAACUGCUUGUGCCACGUAAUAGGCGUUCAAUAAAUGUUUGUGGAACGGA